UGGGCUGGACAGUCUCUGGAAAUGCUGCCUGCACUUCCGGGGCCUCGACCCGGGCUUAGUCUUCCGGAAGGCGGCGCGGGUGGGGAAAGGUUUGAGCGGCCGGGCCGGACGGAUCCCCUCCUCUCCCAAUGUGAGCAGUGAUCCGAACUUCCGCCAGGCGAAGGCAGUCCAGAGGUGGAGCCGGUGGCCGGGCCGGGAACAUGAGGCAGUGUCUCCUCUUCCUGACCAGCUUGGUUCCUUUUGUGCUGGCGCCGCGACCUCCGGACGAGCCGGGCUUCGGCUCUCCACAGCGACUCGAAAAACUUGAUUCCUUGCUCUCAGACUACGAUAUCCUCUCUUUAUCCAACAUCCAACAGCACUCGGUAAGAAAAAGGGAUCUUCAGGCCUCAACACAUUUGGAAACCCUACUAACGUUUUCAGCGUUGCAAAGGCAUUUUAAAUUAUACCUGACAUCAAGUACUGAACGCUUUUCCCAGAAUUUCAAAGUCGUGGUGGUAGAUGGUAAAGAUGAAAACGAGUACAGCGUCAAGUGGCAGGACUUCUUCAGUGGACAUGUGGUUGGUGAGCCUGACUCUAGGGUUUUAGCCCACAUAGGAGAUGAUGAUAUUACAAUAAGGAUCAACACAGAUGGGGCAGAAUAUAAUAUAGAGCCACUUUGGAGACUAAUUAAUGAUACUAAAGACAGAAGAAUGUUAGUUUAUAAAUCUGAAGAUAUCAAGAAUGUUUCACGUUUGCAGUCUCCAAAAGUGUGUGGUUAUAUUAAGGCCAAUAACGAAGAUUUGCUUCCAUAUGGGCUAGAAGACAGCGAGCCCCCUGAUGAGCUUGUUCAUCGGGUGAAGAGAAGAGCUGACCCUAAUCCCAUGAAGAACACGUGUAAAUUAUUGGUGGUAGCAGAUCAUCGCUUUUACAAAUACAUGGGCAGAGGGGAAGAGAGUACCACUACCAAUUACUUAAUAGAGCUGAUUGACAGAGUUGAUGACAUCUACCGGAACACUUCGUGGGACAAUGCAGGUUUUAAAGGUUAUGGAAUACAGAUAGAGCAGAUUCGCAUUCUUAAGUCUCCACAAGAGGUAAAACCUGGUGAAAAGCACUACAAUAUGGCAAAAAGUUAUCCAAAUGAAGAAAAGGAUGCUUGGGAUGUGAAGAUGUUACUAGAGCAAUUUAGCUUUGAUAUAGCUGAAGAAGCAUCUAAAGUCUGCCUAGCACAUCUAUUCACAUACCAGGAUUUUGAUAUGGGGACUCUUGGAUUAGCUUAUGUUGGUUCUCCCAGAGCAAAUAGUCACGGAGGUGUUUGUCCAAAGGCAUAUUAUAGUCAAAUUGGAAAGAAAAAUAUCUAUUUGAAUAGUGGUUUGACCAGCACAAAAAAUUAUGGUAAAACCAUCCUUACAAAGGAAGCUGACCUGGUUACAACUCAUGAAUUGGGGCACAAUUUUGGAGCAGAACACGAUCCGGAUGGUCUAGCAGAAUGUGCCCCAAAUGAGGACCAGGGAGGAAAAUUCGUUAUGUAUCCCAUCGCUGUGAGUGGAGACCACGAGAACAAUAAGAUGUUUUCAAACUGCAGUAAACAGUCCAUCUAUAAGACCAUUGAAAGUAAGGCCCAGGAGUGUUUCCAAGAGCGCAGCAACAAAGUGUGUGGGAACUCCAGGGUGGAUGAAGGCGAGGAGUGCGACCCCGGCAUCAUGUACCUGAACAACGACACCUGCUGCCACAACAACUGCACGCUGAAGGAGGGCGUCCAGUGCAGUGAUAGGAACAGUCCCUGCUGUAAAAACUGUCAGUUCGAGACUGCCCAGAAGAAGUGCCAAGAGGCUAUUAAUGCAACUUGCAAAGGCGUGUCUUACUGCACAGGUAACAGCAGUGAGUGCCCCCCUCCUGGAAACGCUGAGGACGACACGGUGUGCUUGGACCUGGGCAAGUGUAAAGAUGGGAAGUGCGUGCCCUUCUGUGAGCGGGAACAGCAGCUGGAGUCCUGCGCAUGCAAUGAGACUGACAACUCAUGCAAGGUGUGCUGCCGGGACCCCUCGGGCCGGUGCGUGCCCUACGUCGAUGCCGAACAGAAGAACUUGUUUCUGAGGAAAGGGAAGCCCUGUACAGUAGGAUUUUGUGACAUGAAUGGCAAAUGUGAGAAGCGAGUACAGGACGUCAUCGAGCGGUUUUGGGACUUCAUCGACCAGCUGAGCAUCAAUACUUUCGGGAAGUUUUUAGCAGACAACAUCGUAGGUUCCGUCCUGGUUUUCUCCUUGAUAUUUUGGAUUCCUUUCAGCAUACUUGUCCAUUGUGUGGAUAAGAAGUUGGACAAGCAGUACGAGUCCCUGUCUCUGUUUCACCCCAGUAAUGUCGAGAUGCUCAGCAGCAUGGACUCCGCAUCGGUUCGCAUCAUCAAGCCCUUUCCUGGACCCCAGACGCCUGGACGCCUGCAGCCCGCCCCCGUGAUACCUGUGGCUCCGAAACUGGACCACCAGCGCAUGGACACCAUCCAGGAAGACCCCAGCAUGGACUCGCACAUGGACGAGGAUGGCUUUGAGAAGGACCCCUUCCCGAACAGCAGCACAGCCGCCAAGUCCUUUGAGGAUCUCACGGACCACCCGGUCACGAGAAGCGAAAAGGCCUCAUCAUUUAAGCUGCAGCGUCAGAAUCGUGUUGACAGCAAAGAGACAGAGUGCUAGUUUAGGGACUGACGUUCUGAGCUGUUGGACUUAGUGUGCAAAAUAUUCUCAUAGAUUUGACCUAAAAUCACUGCAUGUAUUUUGUGAAGAUUUGGGAGAACAAGGAGGUGACUUGCCAGCACAUGCUGGCCCUGUUUGGACCCCUCCCAUGUGUCGUACUUGUGUGGUCAGGCCCUUUCCUUGGGAACAGGUAAGGUGAAUCUAGCUUAUUUUGAGGCUUUCAGGUUUUAGUGUUUUUGAUCUUUAAAAUAUCCUUCAACCUGUGGUGCAAAAGCAGAAAAUAUAGCUGGAUUAGGUUAUAAAUAUUUACAUUUUUGUAAAUUAACCUUUUAUAUUGAUAAUAGCACUGAUUAGGGAAACGGUCAAUUUUCUUUUUUAUACACUGUAAUGAUCCGCUGAACAUAAUGAGGCAUUUGGCAGUUACUUGUGAGGACAACUGGAACACAUAAUUUAUUUUUGCCUUCAAGUAAAGACAGGAGAAAACCAAGCUGUACAUUAGCUCCAUAAUGGGGGUUCUGGUUCUAGGUAUUACCCAGAGCUUUCAGCAGCAAGGAGAAUUACACAUAAAUUAAGGACGAGUAUGGGUUAAUGUUUCUUAGAAUUCUAAGGUUAGUAUGCUCUAGAAUUAAACCAAUUUAGUUUACCUGAGUUACGAAUUUACAGAACCUUGCCAACUCUUUAGGGCCCUAAUUUGCUGGGUAAACAAACUACUU